AACAAAGUUUAAGCAUGAAGACCCAUAAGUUAAACAAAUUGGAGUUGGAUUCCAUUCGCUCUCUUCGGCCUGUCGUCGUCUAGAGGGUAAGUACCUGGAUAUGUAGUACUGGAAGUGACGACACAAAACAAGAUCAUCAACGACGAACAUCGAAUAGAAGACCAAGAAGCUGCAACCAACAUGGGUCGUAUCGAGCCUUUAAAAGCUUGGGACGAAGAGCGUGUCGGCAGUCAGAUCGACCUCUCCGCCGACAGAAAAACCGCAACGAGAUAUGGAAGUGUCAGGUUUGAAAUCGACAAACACAAAGUUGAAAUGAUUUGCCAUGCAUAAAAUGCAAGGCAUGAUGAACAUGAAGUGCCUGUCUUGCCGGGAUGGCAAGUGGGGCCGAUUGUGAGCCUGUUUAGGGUUUGAUAUAGAGCUGCUAAACUAGCAUGACAAAAGCAGUCCUCUGCGCCCAAACAGCAUGACAAAUUGGAUUCCGACGCUCGGAAAAUUUGUCAUGCCCCGCUUCACAAGUGGGCUUCCUACUGAUAUCGGUCUUAUGCAUGACAAACUUAAUUAUUUCAACUUUGAGUUUGACGAUUUCGAUCCUCACACAUCCAUACGAGACAAGCGGAAACGAACCCGAGAGGGUACGGCUGUUUGUUGUAUGGGAAGCAGCAGCUGGGAAAUUACGCGGAAGGAAGGUACUAUCAAAAGUAAAAAUGUCUGGGUCUGGGAACUUGUGAUGCUGGGUCGCGUCUCAUGAUGAGGCUACAAAUGGUGGCUCAGCAUUACAAGUUUCUGAGCUCCUAGGUGUUGCCUAUUCUGCAUGACAAACUGCGCUUCUGCAUCACAGAAAAGCGGAGCUCUUGGGUAACGUGCAUGACAGAUUUAAGAGUCAUGCCAGACAAGCAUGACAAACAUGAACUCUUCCAGACCCAGACACUUUUACAGUUGAUAGGUACAACUACAUCACGAUUUAUAAGUCGUAAUUCGCGAGCAGCCCGAGCGCGACCUCGACGUGUAGUUAUUUUUGCAGAUACUACGCAAGAACUCCACUGUGAAAAGACGUCGAGGUGGAACCUCUUCGAGUGCAUUUAUAAUUUGAAUUGCGAAACAAGUAAAUUUACACGUGUGAAGAGGUGUGCAUUGAAAAAAAUCUUCCACCACAUCAUGUUCUUGGACCAAUUAAAAGACCAUAUAUUAUAAUUUGUUGCUUUACGGACCUAUGCCUAUGCUCCUGAUCACAGGUUUGCAGAAGUGAUAAUCCACCAGCAGGGCACGCGGGCAACAGAAUCUGAAUACCACGCCGGCGGUGUGUGCUAUCAAAAGGAAAAAUCCCACCUGCCCAUACUCGAAAGGUAUAUUUUUGAAAUAUUUGUGAUGCUGAUUUGUGGUGACAAAUCGUGUCUGUCUUGCAAGAAGGGAAGAACUCCGCCGGCUCCGCCGCAUUAUGCAGGCGGUUUGUCAUGCUGUUGGGCCUACAGCGCGGACGUUUUUCAUGCGAAGCGCCUAGGCCAAAACCUCUCUGCCCACGCUUGAUAUGGGCCUGCAGUGCUCUCCAGCAAGACAGGCCGGAUUUGUGUACACAGAUCCAGCGCCAGAGAUUUCGCCUUGAUAUGGCGAGGGGGGAUUUUUCCUUCCGAUAUGUGCAUCGGGAUAACCAAGUGCAAGCCGGCGGACUACAAACCCGAAGAGGUCGGGCGGUCGAUUUUUCACGUGCCGGACUCUUGGGUGGUAGACACGUAUAUGCAUUGCAAAUAUCUGGGUCUGGAAGAAUGCAAGUUUGUCAUGCUUGUUUGGCAUGACUCGAGAAUCUGUGUUGCAUAGGCACGAAAAAGCCCUCUUACCUGUCAUGCAAAAACGCAGUUUGCCAUGCGGAAUGCGUAAGAUAUGGCAGCCAAAAAAUUUGUCAUGCGUAGCUGCGUAUUCAUUGCAGUGCGUCUAUCAUUCACUUUCAGCAUUACAAGUUUCCAGACCCAGACACUUUUGCAGUUGAUAACGUACGGCGACCUGUACCGCGUACCCCCGAGAAACGAGUGGCCCCCCGACACGCUGAAUGUCGCGGAAAAGCAGCCGAUAUGCAUUGCAAAAGUAUCGUACUCGUAGUAAUCCUAAUCGCAAUUGUGCAUGGCACAUCUCUUUCUCAAGGUAAAUCAGCAUGAGAAAUUCCAUUUGUAAUGCUGAGCGAAUUUGUAAUGCGAUUACUACUAGUACGAUGCUUUUGCAUUUCAUAGCCGAAGAGCGCCAGCGUGGAGAAAUACGAUACCUACGCCCUAGUGAAGGACGGAGACACGUACUCUACUUUUGAUACGGAUGUUGAAGAACUACCGGAAUAGUUUCAAUCUGCAGGACUCCGCAAGGAGUGAACGUGUCAUGCUGAAGAAGAUGUUGCACUUAGAUCGAUAUUUCUACUUCUGAUGAAGAUUUAUUUUGCAGAUUGAUGAUGUCGUCGAUGUCAGCCUGCCCACGCGAGGACUUCUACACAUUCCACAAAAUAAUAAACAAGGCUCGGACUCCUCCUCCGACCUGACAAGACAUUAAAACUCUACUGGAACGGCAAGCACAUGGCCGACCUGCCAAUAGAAGGGUUUGAGGUCAUAUCGUACGAAAAAAGUGUUUCACUGUAAGGAUCUUGCAAGUUUUGCAUCACAAGUUUGUUCUACAUCACAGAGAAAAUCUAGCGUCUUGCAUGUUUAGCAAGACAAACACUUCUAAGAUACAGCUUCUGCAUUACAAGUUUACAGUGAAACAGUUUUUUCUUGCGAUAGGUCACGCAAGAGGUUCGACUGAUCGUGGAACUUCUAUGGCGUUCUCAAACGUUACAUUCUCAACUGUUACAUGAAUUCGCGUUGCAAGAAUCGCAAAAGUGAAAGGAGGGACCUUGUGCGUCUUUCAUGACAUUUUUGGCACAGAUUCACUUUUGGCACAGAUUCUCAGCCUGUUUGGCCCUCUGAGAAUUUGUCAUGCGAAGCAGCUUGAUGGCGUCGAUGGUCAAGGCAAUUUUGCAUGGCAAAUCAUGUAACAGCUGAGAGCGUAACAGUUGAGAGCGCCAUAACUUCUCGGCCGAGCAGAGGGCGCGACGGUGAACACAGAAGCAAAAGCGCCGGAAAUACCACUACCACCCGAAUCCAGUACGGAAGACGAGGGCGGGAAGUGAAAGAAUGGCUCGAAGAACUAGAUGCUUUUCGUGGACGAGUGCGGUCUCUCAUCUUCAGAGGAAUUUAGAUUUACUACUUAGACCAACUUUCACGUCUUCCUGCCCUUGCCCAGGUCUUGUUCUCGAUUUUUUUCGCGUCGCUUUUGGCGGCACAGAAACUGGAACUUUUAUUCGAGAACACAGAAAGCCAGUACUUCUUCGCACCAGCAAGAGUGCCACAAGCAACGCUUCGAGGACAUCAAGGCUCAGAAGUCUGCCUGGGUUUAAAAUGUCCGACUCGCUCUUACACAGGCGAGUGCACGUAACUACAGAUAUUUUGCAGCGUCUUGCAGAAGUUCACCGAUUUUUUGUGCCCGCA